GGGGUCCUGCUCAAGUUCCUAUGACGCGGAGCGCGGCUGCCCGCGAGCCGAGCGCGGCUGGCCGGGGCGGCUGCAGGGGCUCCCGGAGGCCGGCCGUGGAGUCGGCCCGAAGAGCUGGGGCCGGCGACGCGCGCCGCUCUCUGAGUGUGCCCGGGCGAGCGGGCAAAGCGGCGGCUCGGGACCGGGCGGUGCAGGCAGCGGCCACUGCGGCGCUCUCAACUGGGCGCGGGGGGCGGGACGGAGGAGGGGCAGCGCCGGGAAGGAGGAGGGGGCGGCCAGCGCCGAGGGAGGGGGCGCCACCCUGGCUGGGAGAAGGGGCUCUGCGCGCCGGCAAGCGGGCGUUCCGAGCCUCUGGGUCACUCGCUGGUGCCCUUGGGUGCGCGGAGCGUAGAAGGCGCGAUCUCCGGGUCCCCGGGCUCCUGGCUCUGGCCAGCAGAGAGCAGCAAGCGCCUGGGAUCUGCGGACUGCGGACUGGACCGCGCAGUGCCGCGGCGGGUCGGCUCCUGGGACUGCCUGGAUGGAUCUGCAGCAACUUCUUCCUUCUCUCAGGCCACUGGCCAGAGGAGGGUCUCAAACACCUCUGUUCCAUGCGGUGGCGUGGAGAGAGCCCUGGAAGGGGUCAGAUGCCUGAGCUGGCCUGUGAUGGGCGAAGGGACAAGACAGGAUGUGGUUACAGCCUUGGGACCCUCCCCACGACACAUAGGUUUGCAUACACCGACUUCUGCACUGUUACUGCAUAUUCUCCAUAUCAGAUGUCGGAAUAAAACUUCCCUA